AUGAAGGAUAGCGGAAAUGUAAUAUUAUGUGCCAAGAACCUUGCAAAGAAAGACUUCUUCAGACUCCCUGACCCUUUUGCAAAGAUCGUUGUGGAUGGAUCUGGGCAGUGCCACUCAACGGACACUGUGAAGAACACGUUGGACCCAAAGUGGAACCAGCACUACGAUCUAUACGUUGGGAAAACGGAUUCUAUAACCAUCAGCGUGUGGAACCACAAGAAAAUUCACAAGAAGCAGGGAGCUGGCUUCCUGGGGUGCGUGCGGCUGCUCUCCAAUGCCAUCAGCAGAUUAAAAGAUACUGGAUACCAGCGUUUGGAUCUAUGCAAACUAAACCCCUCAGAUACUGAUGCAGUUCGUGGCCAAAUAGUGGUCAGUUUACAGACACGAGACAGAAUAGGCACUGGAGGGUCCGUGGUAGACUGCAGAGGGCUGUUAGAAAAUGAAGGAACUGCGUAUGAAGACUCAGGGCCUGGAAGGCCACUCAGCUGCUUCAUGGAGGAACCAGCCCCUUACACGGAUGGCACUGGGGCUGCUGCUGGCGGGGGUGGCUGCAGGUCUGUGGAAUCCCCGAGUCAGGAUCAAAGACUUCAGGCCCAGCGACUGCGAAGUCCUGAGGUCCGAGGGUCACUCCAGACGCCGCAGAACCGACCUCACGGCCACCAGUCCCCGGAACUGCCCGAAGGCUACGAACAGAGAACAACGGUGCAGGGGCAGGUUUACUUCCUGCACACGCAGACUGGAGUUAGCACGUGGCACGACCCCAGGAUACCCAGAGACCUUAACAGCGUGAACUGUGAUGAACUUGGACCGCUGCCACCCGGUUGGGAAGUCCGAAGUACAGUCUCCGGGAGAAUCUAUUUUGUGGAUCACAAUAACCGAACAACCCAGUUUACAGACCCACGGUUACACCACAUCAUGAAUCACCAGUGCCAACUAAAGGAGCCCAGCCAGCCGCUGCCACUGCCCAGUGAGGGCUCCGUGGAAGACGAGGAGCUUCCCGCCCAGAGAUACGAGAGAGAUUUAGUCCAGAAACUGAAGGUCCUCAGACACGAGCUCUCGCUUCAGCAACCCCAAGCUGGUCAUUGCCGCAUCGAAGUAUCCAGAGAGGAAAUAUUUGAGGAGUCUUAUCGCCAGAUAAUGAAGAUGCGACCAAAAGACUUGAAAAAGCGACUGAUGGUGAAAUUCCGCGGAGAAGAAGGUCUGGACUACGGCGGGGUGGCGAGGGAGUGGCUUUACUUAUUGUGCCAUGAGAUGUUGAAUCCGUAUUAUGGACUCUUCCAGUAUUCCACGGACAACAUUUACAUGUUGCAAAUCAAUCCCGAUUCUUCCAUCAACCCUGACCACUUGUCUUAUUUCCAUUUUGUGGGUCGGAUCAUGGGUCUGGCUGUGUUCCAUGGACACUACAUAAACGGGGGUUUCACAGUUCCCUUCUACAAGCAGCUACUGGGGAAACCCAUCCAGCUUUCUGACUUGGAAUCGGUGGACCCGGAACUUCAUAAGAGCUUAGUGUGGAUUCUAGAGAACGACAUCACCCCCGUGCUGGACCACACGUUCUGUGUGGAGCACAACGCUUUCGGGAGGAUUCUUCAGCAUGAACUGAAACCCAACGGCAGGAAUGUCCCUGUCACAGAGGAGAACAAGAAAGAAUACGUCCGGUUAUAUGUAAAUUGGAGGUUUAUGAGGGGGAUCGAGGCCCAGUUCCUGGCUCUUCAGAAGGGGUUUAAUGAACUCAUCCCUCAACACUUACUGAAGCCCUUUGACCAGAAGGAGCUGGAGCUGAUCGUCGGCGGCCUGGACGAGAUCGACCUGGACGACUGGAAGUCCAACACGCGGCUGAAGCACUGCGGGGCCGACAGCAACGUGGUCCGGUGGUUUUGGCAGGCGGUGGAGACCUUCGACGAGGAGAGGAGGGCCCGGCUGCUGCAGUUCGUGACGGGCUCCACGCGGGUCCCCCUCCAGGGCUUCAAGGCGCUGCAAGGCUCUACAGGCGCCGCAGGGCCGCGGCUGUUCACCAUCCACCUGAUCGACGCGAACACAGACAACCUGCCCAAGGCCCACACCUGCUUUAACCGGAUCGACAUUCCCCCCUACGAGUCAUAUGAGAAGCUCUAUGAGAAGCUGCUGACAGCAGUGGAGGAGACCUGUGGGUUUGCUGUGGAGUGA